GCUGGGAGCGCUUUGGUGUCCCAGCUGAGGGAGAGAUUAGGGAUCAGGAAAGCCACCCGCGUGCGGCAGCCGGUACAAAGCUGGCUGAAAGGCCCUCCCAGCUGCGAUCGCGUGGGACCCCCGUGGUGGGACCUGCGUACUAGGUCCUAGGUACUGGCAGGACACGUGUUCUGGGGGGGCCCCCCUGGCAGGUCCUCUCAUGUGCAACCGCAACUUACGGAAUCCUCUCCUUACUUUUGGAGAGACGCUCACGCCGGGAAGGGGCUUUGCUAAUUGCAGGAAGUGAGCACGGGGAAGAAGUGGCAGAGAGAUCAAGAGGAGGAGAAAAGGAGGAGGAGGAGGAGCAGCGGGGCAGAGCGCAGAGCCGGAGAGUCGCGCAUUGCCACGGCAGGAGGUUGGGUCUCCGGCAAUCCUGCUGUUCUCUGGGGUACCAGACGCUGCCCAUCCCUGCUGUCCUCUCGCGGUCUCCUCCUCUCAUGGCGUCUCCGGAUGACCCUCUGCGCUCAGAUCACAUGGCAAAGGAGCCAGUGGAGGACACAGACCCCAGCACUUUAUCCUUUGCCAUGUCAGACAAGUAUCCUAUUCAAGACACCGGCCUCCCUAAAGCCAAGGAGUGUGACGCAGUCACUUCCAACUGUCCAUCAAAUUCCGAUGAUCAACAUCAGGGAGAAGAAAAUGACUUUCCAGACAGCACUGGAGAUUCCCUUUCAGGCGUCAGCAGAAACCAGCGGUGUAAGGAAGGCUGUUCCUGCUCCUCCUGCUCCCCCAGGGUUCCCACCAUCAGCGACUUGCUCAAUGAUCAGGACUUGCUAGAUGUGAUCAGGAUAAAGCUGGAUCCCUGUCACCCAACCGUGAAGAACUGGAGGAAUUUCGCCAGCAAAUGGGGCAUGCCCUACGACGAACUGUGCUUCCUGGAACAGAGGCCCCAGAGCCCCACGCUGGAGUUCUUAUUCCGAAACAGCCAGAGGACUGUGGGCCAACUGAUGGAGCUCUGCCGGCUUUACCACAGGGCUGACGUGGAGAAGAUCCUGCGCAGGUGGGUGGACGAGGAGUGGCCCCACCGGGGACCCUCGGACAGUUCCAUGCCCUUCUAG